AUGAGGUCCUUCAGCGUCGUACACAACAUACAGGUGCGACCAAGCUUCAAGCCAAGCAUCAUCCGUCGGACCGUCAGACCACUGCCCACCAAGCCACAACUACACAACGCGGCAAAGAGAAGCAAGGAGGGGAUCAAGCCUCUUUUUCGCAAGAUAACGCCAAGGGCAACCGAAGGAGUUCUCGUGUACCCGUUCUGCUAA